AUGCAAGACUUUGGAACGUUGUCGAGCAAGACUGUGACAGAGGUCUUGAUGCUGGAAAUGAAGAUGGCGCCCACCGCCAAGACUUACCUGGUCUCCGGAUAUCCCAGGUCCAUGAGGGACGUUGCUGAGUAUUCAGAUAAGAUCCAAACAAUAACUGGGGUAAUCCUAGUCAGUUGGCGGCAGCGAGUUCUAGAGCGUCAGAUUGAGUACGGCGCCCGGCUAGGCCACGUGGUCCUCAGCUUGGCUAGGAUGGAACUAAGCAACUUUUACAAACACGUGAUGCCAGUCGCUGACUUCUUCGACCAGACCAAUAUGCUGAUUGCGGUAAAUGGCGAACGCAAUCCAGAGGACGUAUACAAAGACUUUCGAGCAGCAGUUCUCCAGAUCCUCGGCACUCAAGACGAUCAGACCACGAUCAACGGCGUCAGUGGUGUAGGGGUUGGUGCGGGGGGUAUACCUGGCGAAAUCGUGGGCGUGGAACCUGCACCUGGAGGUCUAGCGAGGGGACUUAACCAUGCCAGAGACGGUAGAGAGGAGGCUACAGCAUUGCCGAUAGCUGCACCUGUGGUUGUUCCGCCUUCUGUUCACCAUUACAACAGUGAGAUGGAGAGACUUGCUAGUCCGAAGCCUGAAAUCAUAAGGGUUCGAGGUGCAGCGACAAAGACUCCGAUGCUGUGGGUGGUGGGCGGUCCCGGCAGUAAUAAAGCGACACUGUGCCAACGAGCUGUCUCCCAACAGUCACACUGGACCCAUUUCAGUCUAGGCCAGCGUCUCCGUGCCUUGGCCGAUGCGGGUGGGGGCCCAGCCUCUGACGGAGCGCUUUCUCGCACAGCCGUCAGUGGCGGGGAGCUGGCCCCGCAAGAACUCGUCACCAAGUUAGUGCGGGCUGCUGUCACAGAUGCGGCAAGAAGCGGACAUGGAUUAGUGUUAGAUGGGUACCCUCGGCACUUAGAGCAAAUGGAACAGUUUGAAACGGAGUUCCACACAGCACCCCGCAUGGUACUCCUGGACUGUUCGAAGCUGCAACUCGGUCGAGGGCGACGAGACGACUCCGUGGCGGCAUUCAGACGGCGCCUCGAAGUGUUCAGAGAACUUAGUCUACCAAUGCUCAAGAAACUCGAUCAAGAAUAUCGAUUGGUCAUAGUGGACGGCGACACGGACUUACCCGACGUGCAGCAGCAGUUCACGAGAGUCCUUCUUGAGGAGAUGGAGAAGGCAGAAGCCAUCGCUGCUAUGCCUGAAGCCCCUCGUUCCCCCUCCCCACCUGCAGAUUCGACGAUGCAGCAGUUCGCAAAUGCCAUGUCCCGAAUGGGGAAUGGCAUGGCGAACGGUUUCGCGAACGGCGGUCUACGCAACGGAUCUGUGCCGAACGGUGGAAUAGCCAAUGGGAAUGUUGGCAACGGUUUUAUACCUAAUAAUAAGGUUAAGCCGAUGAUAAAUAACAGCAUGGCGAAACUCACGACCGUGUCUCAACUGACACAUGACGAGGUGAAGCAGCUCUAUGCUCAGAGCACGGGCGAGGUCGCCAUAAACACUCACAUGUGAAUUUCUCAUUAGAUUUAAUACUAUAGUGUCUGAAUAUUUUUAAUCAAUGUUGUUUAUUAAUAGUUUUCUCUGUAGUUGACUCUUAAACGCA